ACCAAGGAUAAAAAUAAAGUUCUUUUAAUUCAUGUCUUGUACAAUUUUUAAAAUAUAUAAUUUAGUAAUUAUCUUUACGAGUCAAUUAAUACUUGAGCGAGUUUUUUAAAAAAAUGUACAUUAAUAUGGAGAAGUUAUCAAUUAAUGUUACAUCUAAAAUGUCUUUAACAAGUUUAAAACAGUAUGUAAGCAUUGAAACAGGUAUGUUGCUAACAGACUUUUAUUUGUUGUUAAAUGGAAAAAUUUUAAGAGAAAAUAUGGUUCAAAAUAGUAUUGUACAUAUUAUACCUCGAGUUCUGGGAGGGAAAGGAGGAUUUGGUUCAAUGCUACGAGCAAUUGGUGCCCAAAUUGAGAAAACUACAAACCGUGAAGCUUGUAGAGAUCUUAGUGGUCGCCGAUUACGUGAUAUAAAUGAAGAAAAACGAGUAAAAGAUUUUUUAGCAAAAGGAGGUCCUAGUACAGAGGAUCCUGAAGAACGUAAAAAACGUAAAUUACAACGUCUACGUCAAGCACCAAAAACUGAAUUUAAGGAUGAGCACUAUGAAAAACAUACAUCUGAAAUGACAGAAUCAGUUUCUGAUGCAGUAGAGUGUGGAUUAAAGGCAGGUACAUCAGAAAUUCCCAUAAAGAAAAAAACCAAAGCCAAAAGAUAUUUUGAUUCUGAUUUGGAUACAGAUAGUAGUGAUGAAUCAGAUCAAGAAAAGGUAUCAACAGAAUCAAAAGAAACUGAACUAGAAGAAACAGAACAGAGUACUAAAAGAAAAAGUUUAGAUUUGGAAGAUAAUGAAAUAGUUAUAACUAAGAAAAUGAAAGUUUAGUAUUUUUAAUUAAUUUAAAUAUACUGUUUAUGAAACCUUAUAUAAUCCAAUCGAUACAAUAAAAAUUUGUAUAUUUUUUUUUAAUAA